AUGGCAACUCCUAAUAAAAGGAGAAAAAGUAGUGAACUCUGGUUACACUUUGAAGAAAAUGAAAAUAAAAUGGCGAAAUGUCGAUACUGUUAUCAAAAUUUAAGUUUUAAAACAUCCGUAACUAAUUUAAGAAAGCAUUUAUCGUUAAAACAUCCCACUGUAGUCGUUUCACCGUCAGAUGCAACCAGUACCGAUUCAGCCUUAGCCCAAACUAAAAAUUCAACAAAUGGAAAGGCUAUGCCCUCGUCAAAUGGGACAGUUUUGGUCACUACAGCGGACGAGGCAUCAACAAGCUUUAGUGUUUCAAAUUGUUUGAUUCCGAAUAAAGUUCACACACUUUACCAAGAGAAAGUACAUAAUUUUGUAAGAAAAAAAGUUACUCCCGUUAUGAAAAAGCGCUACGAUGAACUCCUUAUGGGAUUAUUUAUUAAAGAUUAUCAACCAUUCUCCAUAGUUGAGGAUGAAGGGUUCAAAAACUUUGUGGCAGCAUUGGCUCCAGAUUACAGUUUGCCAGGGCGAAAAUAUUUAUCAGACUCUCUACUUCAUGAAAUGUACAAUAAAUGUUAUGAAAGUACACGGGAACAGAUGAAUCAAGUAAAAAAGAUAUGCUUGACAACUGAUCACUGGACGUCUACGGCAAAUGAGAAUUAUAUGGGCAUAACUGCACAUUUUAUAGACGAAGAUUUCAAAUUGCGUUCCAAAUUAAUUAAAUGUAUAAAAUUUGAAGGUGAACAUACUGCUGUACAGAUUGCCGCUGAAAUGAAACGCACCGCCGAAGAAUGGAGUUUGCUAGAUAAAAUACUCAUAGUCAUUACUGACAACGCUUCUAACAUUACUAACGCAGUAACCAAGGAAUUGAUGUGGAAACAUUUCGGUUGUUUUGCGCAUAAAUUAAAUCUUGUUGUACGCAGUGCUCUGAAAUCCGAAACGUUAAUAAUUGAGAAAGUAAAAACCAUAGUGAAUCAUUUCAAAAGAAGCCCACAAGCGACAGAAAAACUGUUAAAGGCUCAAAGGCAACUAGGGAAUGACAAUCCGUUAUGUGUAAUACAAGAUGUCGAAACGCGUUGGAACUCAACAUAUCACAUGAUUCAACGGCUUGUAAAAAUCCAAGAAGCAAUUCGUAGUACCGUCGCUAAUUUAAACGCACCAAAAAUAAAUAUGUUGUCGGAGACGGAAUGGAAAAUCUGCGAGGAAAUCUGUAUAUUGUUGAAGCCUUUCGAAGAAGCUACUUUGGAAGUUAGUGGUGAGAAUUAUUUAACGGGCAGCGUAAUUAUAGGAAUUGCAAGAGGUCUAAAUUCCGUUACCAAAAAGGCUAUUAAUUUAAACUACUGCGAAAAUUCAACAAAUUUUGCCGAUCAGCUUGUUGCUGGUUUAGAACAGCGUUUUCCAGAUUUGGAAAAAAGCAGAACAAUCGGUGUAUGCACGUUUCUGGACCCUCGUUUCAAAUUAUAUAUAUUUGAAAAUCAAGAACAUGCCCAAGAUAUAAAAAAACAAGUAAUUAACUUAGUGACCGCUAUUAUUAAUGUAAAAACUGCAGAAGCAAGCACUGGCCGACAACAACCACGGUUGGAAGCAAAAAAAGAAACCGACAAUAGUACUGAAAAAAAUGUACUGUCAUACUGGGCAGAGUUUGACAAUAAAAUGGCCGAUCUUAUUCCUAAGGGGACAGCUACGUCUCAGGCUAUUUUGGAGGUCGAUAGGUACUGUAACGAUACCAUCAUUUCCAGAAAGGAUGAUCCACUGCUGUGGUGGAAAAAUAAUCAACAACUCUAUCCGAAUUUGGCGGAUUUGGCAAGAAAACAGCUUUGUAUGGUCGCAACUAGCGUACCUUGUGAACGACUGUUCUCCAGAAGUAGCCUGAUAAUUAGUGACAGAAGAACACGACUUUCUGCUACAAAAGUUAACAAGUUACUUUUUUAA